UUGAGAAUGCAUCUUCUCGACAAACGCUACAGCGCUGCUCUCCAAGAGACCCUUUACUGUCUUCUAAUGUGCCUACCACAGACUGAGGCAUUCCGUACUCUGCACCGUCGUCUCCAGUGCGUCCCCGACAGUGUAGUUCUCCAGCAAGCCAAGUAUGUUGUAAUUGGGAGUUAUGCCUUAUACGAGAGUCUCUCCACAGAUUUAUUAACGAUUUUAUCCAGGAAAGGCAUCCUUUAG